GCACUGCCAAGAAACGCUUGUGUAACUUUGCAAAUGUGCCAGAAAGUUUAAAAUCUCGCAUCCCUCCUCCUUCCUUCACUCCAGACACCAGCAAAAGCAGGACGACGACGACGAUGAGAGGCUGCCCUCUCGCUAUUGCUUCUGCUCUUCUCCCCAUCAUUCUUCUAUAAACACUGGGAAGGGGGGGAACGGGUAAGACGCCACAUUCUCGUUUUCUUUUAUUUUUUCAAUCUACACAAUCUUUGGCGCUCCUAGGUAACUAUUGAAAUACUUUGGUAGACGGUUUUUCCUUCCCCACAAGUGAUUUUUUCCUCCUAUUUUUAUUAUUAUUUUUAAAACAACGCUUUUCGUGUCUGUGAGGAUUAAAGGAGAGAGAAAGAUGCAUUUCCCUUCACCCGCAGUUAUUCUUCUUCGGUUGCAUCUGUGCGUACACUUGGGCUAUAUUUUGCAAGUGGCUUGCCAGCAGCCCCGACGGGACCCUCCUCCUCCAGCAGUAUGGAGGCAAAAGAUUCAGUGGGAGAACAACGGGCAGGUGUUCAGUCUUCUGAGUCUGGGCUCUGAGUACCAGCCUCCGCGCCGAAGGGCUCCAGCCGCUAGUUCCUCCGCAGUCUCCUCAGUCUCCUCCUCGCUGCCCCAGACGCCAGUCUUGCUGCUCAGAAAUAAUAGCACUUCACAGCGCUCUCGUCCGCUGCCGUCUGUGGGAGCCCCGGUGCACAACAGCAGGCGGCAGCCUGCGGCGCGGCACUGGUUCCAGGCUGGUUAUCAGCCGUCUGGGCAACGGCACCAGGCCGGACCAUCGGCUUCCACCCUCCCUGCUGUCACCUCCACCACCAGCAGCAGCCCUGGGGGCCGUGCUCGGGGCUCCAGUCCUGCCUCCCAGGACCGCAACCGGACCCCUGCGGCUAGUCACCCCACUCUAAGCAAUCUCAGAGCUCCUAGCCGAGUGGAUGGUAUGGUGGGCGAUGACCCCUACAAUCCUUACAAGUACGCAGACGACAACCCCUAUUACAAUUACUAUGACACUUACGAAAGACCACGUCCAGGAAGUAGGCACAGACCUGGCUAUGGGACUGGAUACUUCCAGUAUGGUCUCCCAGACCUGGUGCCAGAUCCCUACUACAUUCAGGCGUCCACGUACGUGCAGAGGAUGUCCAUGUACAACUUGAGAUGUGCUGCGGAGGAAAACUGUCUUGCCAGUUCAGCAUACAGGUCCGAUGUCAGAGAUUAUGAUAACCGAGUGCUGCUAAGAUUUCCCCAACGAGUGAAAAAUCAAGGGACAUCAGAUUUUUUACCAAGCAGACCAAGAUAUUCAUGGGAGUGGCACAGCUGUCACCAACAUUACCACAGUAUGGAUGAAUUCAGCCACUAUGACUUACUUGAUGCCAGUACUCAGAGGAGAGUGGCUGAAGGCCAUAAAGCAAGUUUUUGCCUUGAGGAUACUUCUUGUGAUUAUGGAUACUAUAGACGAUAUGCCUGUACAGCACACACACAAGGACUGAGCCCUGGGUGCUACGAUACCUAUAAUGCAGAUAUAGAUUGUCAGUGGAUUGAUAUUACAGAUGUAAAACCUGGAAACUACAUUCUGAAGGUCAGUGUGAAUCCCAGCUAUUUAGUGCCUGAGUCUGAUUAUUCAAACAAUGUUGUACGCUGUGACAUCCGAUACACAGGACAUCAUGCAUAUGCCUCUGGUUGUACAAUUUCACCGUACUAAGAGACAAAACAAAAAGUAAAAUAAAAAAAAUAAAAGGAUGAACCAGUGCCUGAUGUUUUAAACUGAAAAAAAGAAAGAAAAGCAACCUAGAUUAACUUCAGUAGGAUGUGAAUGGGAAAGAGCACAGAAAAUACAAAAGGAAUUAUUAUUUGGACUGCUUAACAACAAAACAUAACUGGAUUUUAAGAUUGGGAUAAUUUCAUUUAUACUUACGAUAUAGUUGUGGUGAAUUAUGUAAAGUGUUUCAAAUUCCACAGUUAAGAGCAUUUGCUACUUCAAAGAAACUUGUCUUUGUAUUGCCCUGGGAAUUUGCAGUACAAGCCAGCAAAAUAUUUGUUUCAUUGAACUAUUAGUGAAUGAGCUGAAACUGUUUUGUGCAAAAAAUUUUACUGUGCUAAAUUACAACAAAAUAUAAUAGUGAACAAUUUGUAAAUUCUAGCAAAAAUUAAUUUGAAAAUGUUAAUCCUAUCAUUAGUCCUACAAAUAAAUAUGGAAAUAUUGGUGCUGAGGAAAGAAUACACAUUAUUGAUUUCAAGAAAUAUUAAUAUAUAGCAGAGAAAUGUCAGUAUAUGUAUUAAGAUAGUUACAUUCCUAUAUAAAAUUUUGUUUACAUUUUUAACAGUAGUAGAUAAACCCUUUUCUUUCUUCCAAAUACAUAGCUCAAUUCUGACACAAAUCAGGUUUAGUUUUCAAAUGAAUUAAGAAAUUGAACUACAUAAUCCAAAUCUAAUUAUUUUUUAUGAUGCCUUGUUUGUCUCUUUGAUCUUGUCUAUGACUAGGAUAUUCAAAAUUACAUUCUUAAAAUGACAAGUCAGGGGACAAUGUGAAUAAGUUACCAUCCAAGUAAGAUACAAUUCUUGUAAUAUGGGUAAUUAUCAAGCUAAUAGAAAUUUAAAUACUAUAUUACCAAUACUUACCACCUUCUCAGGUCACAACAAAAAAGUAGGUAGCCCAAAGCAUUACUGCAUAUUGAAAAUCUUUUUUAUAUGAAUGGAAGACACAUUUUUUUUGUCCCUAGUAUAUUUUUUUAUCUUUCAUACUUGAUAUUUUUUACACAUAAGAAUCACUAGCACAUUUUAUUGUUGAAGAGAUUAUUCAUAUCAAUAACAUCAUGGAUUCAUUGAAAUAUAUAAAACUACAAUUAAAACAUUUUAAGUACUAUGGAUAUAUGACUUAUUAUGUCUAUGUAAUAAUGGAUAAUCAAAUUAGGCCAAUAAGGAGCUAAUCAUUAAUAUUUUUUUCUGAAAAGUUUAGCCCAAAUUAGUAUAUGGCAUUAAUUGUUAGCAUAAGAAAGGGGACAAAGGAGAAGGAUAUUUUCUGUAAAGUGACAAGCUGUACUGUAUAAUAAGACAGCUGUGAUAUUACUUUUAAACUGUGAAAUAAUUUGUCACAAUAGAAUUUGGAUAGCUUCUGUUUUUCCUGAAAAGCUGAAGAUGCAGUUUAAGUUGUCUACACUUGAAAUAAAAUUAUUUUAAAGUUAGUGGUGCUUAAGCAGAAAUGAUCAUAAAUUAAACAAUAUUAAAAAAAUCUAAAUUCUAACAUGCUUUUAAAUAAUUCCACAAAAUGUCACAUAGAAAAGUGAACUGACAUCUACAUGGCUUAUAAAACCAAAAGGCAUAAUUAUUGAUACUUACUAAGCAUCUGUUGUGUAUAUAGUUCUAUAAAAGGUCCUAUCAUAGGUGAAAACAUAGUUUACAAUAUACAUAUUGUCCUCCAAAUGCAAAUAUUUACCAAUAUUUAGUAGUAUAUAUAUUAUGACACUGAAAUAGUCACAAAGCUUUUAAAGAAUCUGUAUCUGGGCUAUGGAAUUAUUUCUCUAAUUGUGAUUUUUUCUAGUAGAAAUGAUCUUAAAACAUUUUUGAACUACUGUCAGUAUUAUUAUUGAGCCAGACUGGCAUUUAAAGAUACAUAUCUUUUUGUUAAGAGCAUAUUGAUUUAGAGCUGAAAGGGAUCUCUGAGAAUCUAGUUAAUUUCAAUGCAAUAAAUGAAUCAUUCUCAUAUAAUUUUAUAGAUAAGGAAAUUGGGACCCAAGAGAUUGGAUGAUUUGUCCAAAGUGAAGAUUUGAAGUAAAGGCCUUUUCUCCAAACACCUCUGCUUCUUCACAUAACUGUCAUUUAAAAACUUUGAUCAGUUUUUAGAUACAUAAAAGUCACAAAUGCUAUACUGACUAUGCCAUCUUGUCAUAACCACUUUAUGUGAAAAACUUAUUACAAGAUGUAGGAAUGAUAUAGGCUGAAGUGACCAAGUUACCAUGCUUCUAAUAUUUGUGUACAUUACCAUCUUUCAGCAGAUCAAAGAUCUAGCUGAAAGGGACCUUAUAGACCAACUGUUCCAAUUUUCCAAUGUGAGGAAAAGUUUGUGUUACGAAGACCAUUUUUAAAGUCAUGCAAGCAGAUGCUACUAAUAUUCAUAAGCAUUUCCCCAACACCUCAAAAAUGGCUGCAUUUUAAAUUUAAUAUUAAAUUACUAGAUUUUUUUCAGCAAACUUCAUUUGUAUUAUUUAAGGGAGCUCUACCUCUCUCCUUCCCCUAUAAUUUCAAUUUUGAGCUCUGGAGAAAUUAAUUCUAAUGAUCACCCAACCCCAAAUAAUAACAGUAUAUAUCACUGAUGACAGAUAUUAAUCAAUAAAGCUCUAAAUAAAUUGAAAAAUGAAUAGAAAGAAAAGUUGAAUAAAAAUAAAGGAAUUCUGAAAAGUCUAGGCCAGGGGGGAAAAUUAACUUUUAAACUCAUCAUUUUUACAUAUAAUUUAAUUUUAUAUACAUUCUUUCAGAUAAUCUGAUAAUUCAGGUAUCUUACAACUAAAUUAAAAAAUUCUUUACUGGGGCAUAAGAUCCAGAUUCCCCUAAAAUCAUCACUGUUUCUUUUAUUUUAUGCUAAUGAAUCAAAGAAAAGAUUUAUAUAUUUUAGAAAAAUCUUCAUAUUUUUGAUGUAAGAGUUUCAUUAAAAUAUAUAUUAUGUGAUCAAUUUACUAGGAAUUAUUUUAAAAAUGAAACUAUAAGAACUAUGGUCUCAAAUACAUUGAAAUUUUUCCCUUGGAAAUUUAUCUGAGAAUUAUUCUAGAAAUAAUGUUCUCCAAAUUUCAGAUUUUAGAGGAAAUCCAAUCUAUAGAAAACAACUGUUUGGAGCUAAGAGAUUAACCAUAUAUCAGUUAUCUUUAAAGGGUAUAGUUCCUUUCAAAGUGCUGCUGGAUAUUCUUUGAUAAUUAUAAAAUAAGGAUCUGACAAAAUGAAAUAUAAGUGGAGCAAAAAAAAAAGCUUCAUUUUUAUUUUGCACCGAAGUUUAUUGUGUAUGUCAGCUGGCAUGUAAUUUACUUUCAAUUCCUUUCUGUCAAACUUUUUUUUUUUUUUUUUUAAUGAAGAAUUGUUAUCUAUUCAAUCAAAAAGCAAGUUUCAUUCACAAGCAUCCAAAAUUGGUCUAACUUUCUCUAUACUACUACUUGCAAUUAAGAUAUGUCCAUAGAUAAUGCUUGUUUUUAAAUGGUGCUGAAUUAUUUCAACAUGAAUGUAAACCAUAGGAUUUCAUGCUAAUGGGAAAUGAGCAUUUAAAGUUUAACUCAGAGAAAAGUCCCUUUUCAAUGUUUUGAGUUUUUAGUAUCUCCCUCUUUCUUUAGGAUUUGUCUUUAAAAUCUUUAUAACUUUAUUUGAAAGUUUUUAUUUAAAAUAUUCUGAUGCAUCAUAUUCUUUAGUGCACUUUCAUAUUCUUUUCUUGUAUGUCCAUAUUACGAUCGCAAAGUUUAUACAAAAUGACUUGAAUAAACAGUUUCAAGUA